ACAUACAACAGAAGGGAUUCGCUGGUGGUCACCCACCCAACUACUAACCUCCCGGCGUGUGGCUUAAGUACGGCUGAGCGGACGGGAAGCCCUGUUCUCCACACCCUGUGGUCGUAUGUACUUGUUUCAUACUUCAAAGGGCUUAUAUUGUGGCUGACAGUAAACUAGCUCCGGUGAUCCGGCGCAUUUGUUGCCAAUGCGCCUGACUCCGUUUCGCUCUCUGAACUCAACUCAAGCCGUACCAUCGCCACAUUUUCGCAAUCCUCCUUUGGAAAUGUACAGUAUAUGUAUGCGGGGAUAGAAAAAGGAAGGUUGUUUCAACGUACCUCCGCAGCCCUCGGCGAGAUAUUGAUCAACAAGUCCUUCCCAUCUUCAUCAACUCUCGGGUUUUGUAGCACCUUGGUAGCUGGCCGGAUGCUCGUAGUAGAAAAGGAAGAGCGUUGUCCGAAAGCGUCAAAGCGGAAUACUGAUCGUGAUGAUGACGAGCUCGCCCGGGGGCAAAGGAAUCUAGGCCGGAGCGUGGAUCGCUGGGAAACGGUAUCGCAGAAAGAUGCGGAGAAGCUCAAUGUCGGCAACGUUGCCGGGGAAAGUGCAGAAACCGCGGUGCGAGGAGAAUGGGAGCGAGAGAUCCGGCGGGCGGCUGUUGAGAGGAUCGGACGGGACAUGUUUGUCGUCAUAGAGGGGAGAGUAGGUGUUAGGAAAGGCGACUGAAGGAGAGCUUUUGGUGAAAGAGAAUGAAGAU